AUGGCGCUACAAAUCCACAGUCCCUCAUCCUUCACCAGCAAACCCUAUCAUCAUCUUCCUCACACUCCUCUGCUCCACUUUUCAGUCAGAACCCAAUUCACAGUCAAGUCACAGACACCAUCAGAGCCGUCCAAGCCCGAAGCUGAGACCACCCAGGCCCCACCCAAGAAACCCACCUCAGCUGGGCUCGGCUUUGGGUCAUCUCCUUCUUCUCCAACCACGCAGAAUGUGACUUCUGUCCCUAAUAAGAAGAAAAGGGUAAUUCGGAGGUCACCAGUGGAAAAGCCGCUACUUUAUUCUGAAGAAGAUGAGGCUAAGGCCAAAGAGAUGGGCACAAAUGAGAGCGCUUUUGUUCUUGCUUGGUUGGGGCUUGGCGGUGUCAUUCUAGCUCAAGGACUUCUUCUCGCUGCAUCGGGCUUCCUGCCAGAAGAAUGGGACAAGUUCUUUGUGAAGUAUUUAUAUCCGUCUUUUACACCAACAGUCGGCUUGUUUGUUGCUGGAAGUGUUGUGUACGGAGUUUUGAAGUAUCUGCAGAAUGAGGAACUUAAAGGCAGACCGUUGGAUCUCACAUGUCUCCCAGGCCCCAUUGAGGAGAACCCUCAUGUUCUAAUGGUCUAUCCUGUCACUGGACUAUCCAGGUCAAGAGAGAAUCCAUACACAAUUUCCAGUUGCUCUCACCUAUCUCUUGCCCUCUUCUUAGAUAUUAUUAAGUUGGUUCUGGCCUCGUGA